AUGUCGUCCUUCCGCAGCGACAUCGACCAGUUCCGACAGCCGCGCUACGAAGAGUCGAGCGGCCAGGAUCAGGAUGCCAGCAACCGACGAUCACGCUCUCGAGUCUUCAAGCCGUAUCAGACCUAUAAGCCCACCGACCUCAACGACGAGAUCUACUGGCAGGAGAAACAGACCAGCGAGAAGCGCAAAGCUCCGGAGAAGAAGGAGGACUUUUUCGCCGUGAGGAACUGGAACCCCAUCAAGGUCUACAAGAAUACCGUCAUCUUCCCGCAAUUCCUGGACGACAACGGCGCUAUUCUGUCACGAAAAGCCACUGGGCUCACCAGGCUCAACCAGCAGAGAAUGGCCAAGGCCGUUCGCCGUGCGCGGGCAAUGGGGCUCAUCCCCUUCACCGGCAACGUUCGGCAAUAUCUCAACCGAAGCAUCAUGUUUUCUCGCGACUAUGACGAUUCCAAGUAG